AUGGUGUUCACAAGCACCGUCAGUCCGUCGUUGCAAAUCGGUCUUCGAUUUCUCGGUGUGUGGUGCGACGUAUCAUACACCGUUCUUAACGGGCUGGUUUACUUGUUGAGCUUAUUGAUCAUACAGUGCUUUCAGUAUCUAUAUACAUAUGCGCAUUGUACAACCGGUGAACUACAGAAUUUAGUGGACAGUUUGCCAGCGACUAUAAAUAACAGCUUGACGAUCGUCAAGCUGAUGACACUUUGGAAGAAUCGUCGCGUGGUUCGCGAAUUACUGGACGCUAUGGACACUGAUUGGCGCGAGUGCGCGAGUAUUGAACAACAUUUGCACUUGAUGGCGACGAAAGCUGGCGUCUCGCAUUUUUGCUCGAACGCUUUGUUCGGUUUCAACACAUUUGCCGGUGCUCUCUACUUCAUGGCCGAUACCGCGAUCGCAAUUGUGCAUCAGGCGGGAGGCGAUAAUGACACCUCACGACCAUUACCCGUCAAAAUAUUGCUUCCCUUUGAGGUUGAUCAUUCGCCGAUCUAUGAGCUGCUAGUUGUCUUCUUGUUUACACAGUCAAUAUUAAACGUGUACACGGUUUCUUUUGUGAACGUACUGCUUCUUACUCUGAUACUUCAUGCAAGCGGACAAAUCGAUAUCAUACGCGAAGAGUUGAUAACUAUCUCUGAGGAAAUGCCCUAUUACGGAUCUUCUGGACAUACAUUAGGAAUACUGGUAUUAUUCAAAGCGCUGGCGGAAUUGGAAAAGCGGAUAAUGAGUUGUCUCCCUACUUACUAUGAUAUUACGCAACGUAUAAUAACAAUCGAUCCCUGGUCACUGAAGAAUGGACGCAAGCACGUGGGAAUGCGCUCGAGGGAUUGGACGAUGCUCUCGCAGUUUAUCGUGCAUGAGAGUACCAUGCGUGCUGUGACUUUGGUGUCCUUGCAUUUCCUCGGGAUCGUUAACAGAUGA